AUGGAGUUGCUGAAACGAAAUGGUGCUUGUUUUAGUUGCCUGAAAAGUGGACAUCUAUCAAAAAGAUGUAAUUAUAGAAAGCCCUGUGAAAUCACAGAUUUUCGUCAACAAAAAUGCGGCAGAUUUCAUCAUCCUUUCUUACAUGGGGUGAUAGUGAACGCGAGCGCACACCAUCACAGUGUAAACAUUGUUAACGAAGAGCAGGGAAAGAAGGGAGUCAUUCUCAUGAUCAGCAAAAUAGAGAGUGGUAAUAUCCCAUUGACCACCUUAUGGGAUCCUGGUGCUAAUAUUUCUCUUUUAACUUUUGAAUCCGCUAGGAAGCUUGGACUCAAGGGGCGUGAAGUGACAUUAUCAGUGACGAAGGUGGGAAACACAUCUGAGUGUAUUCAAAGCAAAGAAUACUUACUGCCACUGACAGACAUGUAUGGCAAGGUCUGGCAAGUGAAAGUAUAUGGAAUGAACAAAAUUACAGCAGAUAUUUCAAAGGUGGAUGUUCAUGGAGUUGUGAAAUUCUUUAAAGGGAUUAAAGAGGGAGAUAUAGUGAGACCAGAAGGAAAAGUGGACCUGCUGAUAGGAGCUGAUUGCUGCAUCUUAUUGCCUGAGAAAAUUGAUCAAAUUGGAAAUCUUCAAUUGAUGCGAAAUCAAUUUGGAUACUGCAUUAGAGGAAGUCACGCCAAGUUACACGUACCUGUUACAACGGAGUCAAAUCUUGUGUGCAUUCACCAUACUUCUGGAAGGAUAAUCGAACCAAUACGGUUAAACCAUGAGAGCCUUAAGAAUGCUGUUGACAAUUUUUUCGACAUAGAAGGCCUGGGAACGCAUUGUGUACCAAAGUGUGGAAGUUGCAGGUGCGGGAAGUGUCCACCUGGAAAUGGAAGCUACACAUUGAAGGAGGAACGAGAGUUACAUCUUAUAAAGGAGGGACUUCAGUAUGAUGAAGUGGGCAAGAACUGGACUACUACGUACCCUUGGAUUAAGGAUCCAAAGUCUCUCCCCAACAAUAUCAAUGCAGCGGUAUGUCGGUUGAAAUGCACGGAAAGGCGCUUAGAAAAGGCUGGACAAGAGUACAGUGAAGCAUAUGGUGACCAGAUUGCGGAUAUGGUGCAGAGAAGCGUUGCAAGAAAAUUAACGGCUGAAGAGGUGCAAAGGUAUGAAGGACCUAUCCACUACAUUCCACACCAUGAAGUCUUAAAACCAAAUUCCAAGACUACACCAGUGCGGAUCGUAUUCGAUUCAUCGUCCUCGUACAUGGGUCAUGUUUUGAAUGAUUACUGGGCAAAGGGGCCAAAUGUUCUGAACGACCUUUUAGGAGUUAUUAUCAGAUUUAGGCAAAGAAAAAUUGCAAUUGCUGAAGAUAUCACGAAGAUGUACAACGCAAUCAAACUGUCGGAAAGAGAUCAGGACACACACAGAUUUGUCUGGAGGGACUUGCAGAUAGACAGACCACCUGAUCAUUAUGUCUUAAUGUCAGUCACAUUUGGAGAUAAACCCAGCGGAGCAAUCUCUACCAUGGCCUUGCGAAUGACAGCAGAAAUGAAUCGGGAAGAAUAUCCAAAGGCAGCUGAAUUUGUUAUCAAAAAUAGUUAUGUGGAUGACUUACUCACUUCAGUGAAUACUGUUUGUGAAGCCAAGGAAAUAAUUCUGAACACUGAAAGACUUUUAAGCUGUGGAGGAUUUCAUGUAAAACACUGGAUUGUUUCUGGUGAUCAAGAUGACCACUUUGCAGGAUUGAAUGUGUUAUGUGCCGAGCAGGAAAACAUUCUUGGAAUGAUUUGGUUACCCAAAGAUGAUGUCUGGAUGUUCAAGGCAAAACUGAACUUUUCGCCAAAAAGACGUGGAAAGCAUACAGAGGAUGAUAUCGAGGAUGGACAAUUACAUCUAAUUCCGGACAGUCUAACUCGCAAGAUGGUUCUAAGUCAGGUUGCAGGCAUAUAUGAUCCUCUUGGACUGGUUGCUCCAUAUGUAUUGUCUGCAAAAAUUCUCAUGAGGACCAUGUGUUCCAAAGAAAAUCAAAUUGGAUGGGAUGAGCCUAUGAGUGAAGAUAUGAGGGCUAAGUGGGUUCAGUUCUUUACAGGAUUUUAUGAUUUGCAGAAUUUAACAUUCAAAAGAUGCCUUAUGCCGGAAAACACAGAAAGUGAUCCAAUGCUUGUUAUAUUUUCGGAUGGAAGUCAGCAAGCCUACGGUGCAUGUGCCUACAUCAGAUGGCAUACCGAAGAUGACAAAUACACAUCGAGCCUAGUGAUAGCAAAGAAUCGAAUUGCACCAGCAAAGCAGUUGUCUACCCCUCGUCUUGAACUCUGUGGAGCAGUGCUUGCAUCUAGGCUGCGUCAAAAACUAGUAACAGAAAUGAAUUUCAAAUUCAGUAAGAUUGUGCAUAUUGUCGACUCCAUGAUUGUAAGAGCGCAAAUACAGCGAGAGAGUUAUGGCUUUGGGACAUUUGUGGCAACACGUGUUGCUGAAAUACAAAGUACAUCUGAUCCCACUGAGUGGUGGUGGGUUCAAGGAGAUCAGAACCCUGCCGACAUGACUACAAGGGUUGCAGUAGCAAGUGCUUUAGGGACUGACUCUAAGUGGCAAAACGGGCCAGAUUUUCUGAGAACUCCAUUUGAAUUUUGA